CUUAGCUAUAGGCCAAAAAGCCGGCUCUAUUCGGAUACACAUCUCCAGUGUGGCAUGGCAUGGCGACAAACCACCUUGCCUGUGUCAGGAGACAGCUAUAAAGCAAGGAGGCGGAUGUCCAGGAGCCGUCCUGUUCCUUCGCUUUCCUUUGCUCAUUCCUUCCUGCGACUAUGGAUGCUAAUCAUAUCAACAAUCUCCCUGCCGGUGUCCUUGUGAGCAUACUCAGUGUUCUCUGCUAUGGUAUGUUCCACAACCCAUUUCACAUCACCAAGUACUGGGACAUGAUGAAGCUCGCCACUCUAUGUCGUCUGUGGAACGAGUGUAUGCCACAGCAGGUCUAUCGCUACGUCUUUGUCCAAAGGAAGAUCUAUGCUAUUCGCAGCUCUUCGACUAGUCGGAUGCACAAGAGGGUAUCCUGGGUAUCCAAUGUCGGGUCCAUUCUCUAUCAAAAGAGACUCUGUUCUGCGACUGACCUGCGCAUUGUCAUGUAUGACGACUACACCGGCCCACUCCUACUCGCGAAUGCACUCAAAUACUUUGGCCUUACAUCACCAUCGUGGUGGAGGCUUCAAGGUUUGCACUUUUUCGGUAAAGGUGUCCUUCGGUCGGGGACUGACUAUCACACAGAAGACAUAUUUGCCGAUGCCCACUCUUUCAGCGAAUUCUUUGCCAGACACUUUAGAAACCUGCAGAGCAUCGGUCUAUGCGUAAAGAUACCGACGACACAGUUCACUGCCGCUGACUUUUCUAGCUAUACUAUGUCGCCUCGAUAUUCCAUGUUGCUCCAGACGUUCCUGUCAAAACUUUCGUCUCUGCAGUGCUACCAGCCCAGUACGCUUCUCCUGAACUCGCCAAUGCAUCUUUCGCUGACUCAUGUGGAGCUUGAUAUGGACUGUAUCAAAGUUCCCCUGCCCAACAUUGGCCUGGCUCCCAAUAUCGUCGAACGGCUGAAGCUAUAUAACAUUGAUGGCGAGGUGCCCUUAACCUGCUUCCGCGGUAACUAUAGUGGAAAGACCAUAUAUACCAAUCUGAAGGAGAUACAGUUUGACUUUAGGGCUGCUAGUGGAUCCAAGUCGCAGAACGUCAGCCUAUGCCCUCACCUUGCACACGUGUUCCCAAAGCUUUUCAAGCUGUCGCUAAAACAAUCCAUGGGAGUAUACAAAAACAUGUAUUCUGCAUUGGCCAAUGCACCCCUUAGUCAUCUAUGUAUUGACGAGCAUCAGCGCUCCCUCCCUUACAUUGACACCAGCAUCAUCCACAAUGUCACUAGCUUUCAACUGUCCACAAGUAUCUCUGAGGCUCCUGGCUGGUACACUGAUUCAAAGGACCUUAUUACUCGCUUCUAUUUUACUCACUCUACAGUGCAAAAUGUACUGAUGGAAUGCCUAGUACCUUUUCCGACGCAUAUUCUUUGGAGAGAUCUUCAACCAGGUCACAUGAUCGUUCAUCUUCUAGAACAGCUGCCAACUCUGAAGUUCCUCCGAAUCACCUGCAUCUCGAUGGACGCAACUGACACCGACAACUAUUUCUGGGGAACAUACGACAGGCAGGCGGAUAUUCACGAGGCAACUACACCGACUGUCAUUGAUACUGCAAUUGCACAUAACACAGUGAGCACAGUAGGGCUUGAGCCAAUUAACAAAUGCCUACAGGUUCUGGAUAUCGACGCCCCGGGGUACUUUGACACAGACGCUAUAUGCAGAAUGCCGCUUUUCCUUCCGCUCCUCCAAUUUGUUGCUAUAGAUAAGGAGUAUACUGACCAAAUUGGUACAUUUGUGCAAAAGAUCCGGCCACAUGUAAAAAUUUGUGCACGUAGAGAUGUCGACUGUCAUUUCAUGUUUUAAAAAGUUUUAACAGACUUCAGUUAUCAAUUAUACUUCGCGGUACUCUUUCAAGGGCCGCAGCUGAGUAAAUG